GGAUCUCACUCUAGGUGCUUGAUGACUCAAUCCUUGCUUAAGGCCCUAAUACUUACCCUUAUUUGUACUAGCAUGAGGCGGUUAAAUGGAGAAUCUAGAAAUAUGUCGGUGAAGCUUUGUAUGUCAGUGCGGUGUACGACAAUGUUGGUUGGUAGGUGCUCACUUAGCUUGGAGAAGCUUUAAAGACGUUGCUGACUCUCUCAUCAAUUUGCUUUAGUACAAUAUAUAUAUUUAUAUGUGCAUCUAUGGAGGAAUCCAGCAUCCAACAACAACUGGGGUAUCAACACUGCACAGGAGGAGAUGGAAGAUAAAAUCGGCAAAUGGUCUCUGAAGGGGAUGACAGCACUUGUCACCGGAGGAACCAAAGGAAUAGGAAAGGCAGUGGUUGAGGAAUUGGCAACGUUGGGAGCAGUAGUACACACUUGCUCAUUCAAUGAAGCAGAGUUGAAUGCAAGCUUGCAACUCUGGGCCGGCAAAGGUCUCCAAGUCACUGGCUCCGUCUGUGACGUUUCUUCACGCCCUCAGCGCCAGCAGCUCAUCACCCAAGUCUCUUCCAUCUUUGGAGGAAAGCUUAACAUCUUGAUAAAUAAUGCUGGGACAACCAUAGUAAAACCAACAGUGGAGUAUACUGAGGAGGAGACAUCUUUGAUGUGGGCCACAAACUUUGAGUCUGCUUUCCAUUUGUGCCAACUGUCUCACCCCCUCCUUAAAGCUUCUGGGUCUGCAAGCAUAGUGUUCAUCUCGUCUGUUGCCGGGGUGGUUGCCGUUCCUUUUGGGUCCCCUUAUGCAUCAACAAAAGGAGCAAUGAAUCAGUUGACAAAGAACUUAUCCUGCGAAUGGGGAAAGGACAACAUACGGGCAAAUAGUGUCACUCCUUGGCUUACUAGAACUCCUCUAGCUGAAAGUGUGUUUGAUUUUGAUAAUUCUGAAUUGAUGGAGAAGCUUAGUGAACGGACACCAAUUGGACGUGCUGCAGAAGCUUCUGAGGUGUCACCUCUGGUUGCCUUCUUGUGUCUCCCUGUAGCUUCCUACAUCACUGGCCAAACUAUAUCUGUUGAUGGUGGAUUAACAGUUAAUGGCUUUUUCACUUCCUGAUUGGGUGAGGAUGAAAUAUUUGGUCAUAAAUCAACACCCGUUAAGUUGAUGGAACUGUCUUCCUUAAUUCCUCCUAGGUAUUCACCUCUGUUCCUUAUGUUGUCAGUUGUUCGGAACUUUCGAGGGUCACCUUCUCGUCGGCGGCGGCGAGGGCGGCGGUGAUAGUUACCAACUAUUUGACUUUAAAAGACAAAUAUAAGGGCAUAGAUAAAAAUAUAAAAGUCCCAUGGCCGGAAAUUGAGAUAGUUACCAACUAUUUGACU